AUGGCAGCAUCCCUGGACACACUCAGCCUCUCCCAGAUGCUGGAUCUCGCCAUCGGGACGCCCCAGAAGGGGAUCAUUCACUUUGCAGCCAUGAGAAAACUGCUGCAGGCCGUGCUGGAGCACCUGGACGUGCAGUACCUGACCAGCCAGGAGCCGUGGCCGGGCCAGCUCAGUGGCCCCUCACUUGCUGAUGUGGCCACUGAGAUGGAAAAGAUGAAGAAAGAGAUGGGAGACUACAAGAAACACAUGUCCAAGGUUCUUCGUGAGGAGCUUGGUGGGAUAAAGGCAGAACUUUCCCACCUCUCCGAGGAACUGAAGAAGUUCCAGGAGACACAGACCAUGGCUAUGUCCCAGCAUGAAGAAGAAAUUGCAAAGUUAAAGGGUGCCCAGCGUCAUACGGCAGGGGAAAUGAAGAAGAUCCAGAUGUUACGGGACGAGGACAUGGCUCUCAUCCAGGACCUCCGGGAGGAAAUGGACAAGAUAAAGACAACACAGAUCCUCAUGGAGGGAGACAUAAAGAAGAUUAAGGAGUCACUUGUCUUAAUGAAGAAGCUGGAGGAGGACCAUAAAAAGCUGAGGGAGGAUGCAGCCAAGUGGAAAGAAGAGAGCAAGAAGGAGAUCUCUCAGCAAAUUGAGGCUUUGCGUCAGGACACAAAACGUGAGCUGCAGAAGAUGGGAGAGCAGCAGGAGAGGAGGAAUGCCAUGCUGGAGGAGAUGGUGACCGAGACAGCCAACCAGCUGAACGAGCAGGAUCAGGAGCUGCGCCAGCAAAUGGAAGCCAAGUUUCUGCAGAUGGAAAAAGACUACGAGAAACUCAGCUUAGCCUCAGGGAUCCUCCAGAAGCAAUCUCAACAAAAGCAGAAAGAAAUCACGAUGCUGUUCCAGUCUCUGGAGAAGGUGCAGAAGGAGAAGGCAAAUGAGCAGGACGUGAUGGCAGCAAUGGACAUGAAGGCGGACAAAGCUGCCUUGGGCAGCAAAGUCAACUGCAGCCAAUUUGAAGAGAACAUGGAAGAGCUGAAUGAGAGGAUGCAGGAGUUGCAGAGCCAGAUUUCAGGCCAGGAGGAGCACUGGAACAAUAUGCAGCAUCAGUUCAGCGAUGCAAUUGAAGAGAAGCUGGAUCGCCUGGAGCUGAAGGCUUUCCGUAAGCACCUGGACGAGGCCUGGAACAGGAACAUGGAGGAACUUGAGAACAGGCUGUUGCGUGAAAACGCUGCUGGUAUUAAGAAGCAGCUGCCAGUCCCUUUCUCGUGCCUGUCCUGUGACCGCAUGCUCACCGUGCAGGUCCCUGGCCAGUGAGUAGCACCAGUGCAUCGGGGGCAGCGGGGCUGGCAUGGGGGGAGAUGGGUGCCAGCAGUGACCGCUGUGCUGGGCACAGGGUGACAGGGUCUGCUUGGGAGGCCCUGAUGUGGGGAGCCCCUCUGCAGCCCUGCCGGCAGCAGGGGUGUGGGCACUCAUCCCAAGGGCUACAGGCAGCGGGGUACCAUGGGGUACAAUCCUCUGGGUUUGGGGGUGCUGCCUCCAAGA